UAGGUGAGGGACCGCCAGGGCGUCGGGGGCAGGUCAUGCACAUUUCUCAGAUUUCCGUGCCAGGGCUGGAGGAGCUGGUCAAGUUGCCUUGGUUUGGGACCAGAAGCUCGACGUGUGUGCCCCGGAAAGGUUUCCAGGCCCUCGGGCUCGACCCGUUUCUCGGCCAGGGAUAAACGUGUUGUGUAGUGCAGAAGGGGCAUGGAGAAGACCGUCAGUCUUCACACUUUUUGUCGAUAGCCUGGUGGGGGACAAGUCCUUGGCAAAGCACUGCGACUUCAGAGGUGAAGGACAGACAGAUAAACGGAUACUUAAAGAAGAAGGGGUGGAUGCUGGGUCCAGGUGUGACACUCAGGAGCAAGAGGUUUGGGAUCUGCCAGUCUAAGAUCUCAGUUGACGAUGAUGAAAAUGCCAACAAGGACCCUGUCUUCGAUCCUGAGCCGGUCAUUGCCCACUGCUUCAAGCAGUUCAAGCAGGAGAACUUCCACCUGCCUCAAAGCCGCCGGUGGAUCAUCAUCUUGUCUCAAAAAGAGGAUUCACUGCCCGUCCACCCCAUGCCCCCACCCGAGGCUCCCCCACAGCCCAUCUCCAGCUUCAAACCCCUGGAAGCCGAGGACCUCCGAGAGCAGCCGGAGGACACGAAGACCUGGCUGAGCCGGAGGCUGAAACUUCGGCAGGACCUGGAGUCAUUUGGCAACACAGAGAGGUGUCUACAGAACAAGCCCAGCCUCACGCCUUCAGAGGCCAAGGUCUUACAGAUGAUCCAGAAGGAGCACGAGGCCCAGUCGAUGGCCCACGUGACUACUACCAAAGCCACCAAGAAGAAAAGCCUCCGACCCCGCCGCCGACAGGUGCCCCAGCUCCAAUUGCCCAGGCCCUCCGCCCUGUUGGCCUUGUACUCCUACCUGCACAGCCGCAAGAUCAAGAUCCUGGAGAUGUUUAACAAGGUGGACCGGGGAGAGAACCCGAUGGUCUCCAGGGAGGAGUUCAUCGUGGCUCUGAAGGCGGUGGGAGUCCCUCUGACCCACCAGGAGGUAGAGGAUGUUGUGGUCUAUCUCAGCUCUCUGGGGAAGCACAAUAGCGUCACCUUGGAUAUCCUGGCCAGCACCUACCGGCAGUGGUGUUCGACUGAGCAGAGAAAUGCCCUGCCCACUACAAGAGAGCAUUAUAGAUCUGCUAAGAACAGAGUUUCCCCACAGAGUCUGUCCAAGAAGCAGAAGGUGAGUUUAGUCCCAGAGCCUCCCAAGAUGGAUCUACUGACUGUGCCAGUAGUCGACACCCAGAAGGAGGCGCGGCCCAUGACCCUAGAGGAGAUGGAGGACGUUGGCAAGCGAUACCGUGAGCGGAAGCGGAAGAACAAGCUCAGGAUCCCCCCCAUCGAGUACGCGGAGCGGUGCCGCCUGGUGCGCAGUGGGAACAAGUACUUUGACAAGCACUGCCUCCCAUCCACCAUCCAGGGGGAGAUGAACGAGUUCAUCAACAUAUCCCGCAGGGACAGCUUUCUGGUCUACCUGCAGUGCUCGAAGCUCUGUGAGUACUACGGCCUCCCGCUGACGGAGGACAUCCUGGUGAAAGCCCUGCUGUACCCAGGAGACAAGAUCAUUUUCUGGAAGGAUCAGGUGCUCCCACUCCGGCAGCCAGGAGGCUACUACUCAGACUGGAAGAUCUUCGGUCCGAAUCUGGCCCUGCUCAGGUCCCAGGGCUCCAGGGCACCUGUGGUUAAGAAGACUGACAAGAAAAUGCCAAAGGAAAUAAAGAAAAUACAGUUUAAGGAGUUUGAUGAAUUCAUCAGGAAGCUGAAGCCGAAAAGGCCCAGUGGUCUGCAGCGGACCCACCCCAAUUUCUUCUGGCCAGGUCACCUCCUGGACAAGCUGCAGCUCUACUUGCCUACUGUGACCAUGGACAGGAGCUUGGUGCUCUUCAGUUGUGUCCAACACCAGCCCCAUGUCUACUCAGCCACCUACCACCCCAACCACUGGUGGCCCAUUAGGAACAAGCACUACAUGACCUGUGCCAAUUACGAUGCCCCCAAGGUCUACUACAUCAGCUAGAGUGGCCCAGGUGUUGCUGGACCUAGCCAUCCUGGGGCAGGGGGACAGUGCAGCUAGCAGCCCAAAGCCAUAGACACAGGGGAAGUGUCAAAGACCCAGAUAAAAGAAAUCAUUUCAGUGGGAUGGACUGGGGCCAACUCUCCCCAGACCAAAAGUGUCCCAUGUCUCAGAGAGCAAAUGUGUCCAGGGAAAGAUAUGUAGUUUUUGAGUGUUUCCCUCUCCUGACCUCUGCCCUUUUGAAAUAAACCAAGGUGGAGUUUUCUUCAUGUCA